AUGUCUCAAACAUUUAUGUUAGAGUCGGAUAUUAUAGCAGCGGCUGAAAAUGUUAUGCCAGAUCUGAAUAAUGAUUUGGUUCUCGCGAAAAAUUUCUUGAAGCAACAAAGUGCUGCUACGGGCGAUACAUUGUAUGAUCAUCUCGUCGACGUUGUACACAAAAUAUUGUCACAAAGACCCCCAGAUGUGGUGGAUAAUUUUGAACAGUACUCAUGGCAGGUGAAACAAGAAAAAUUUCGGCCUAACUUUGAUCUUUUAAAUGAUAUUUAUAUAUCUCCUCCUCAACUCACUCUUGUUAGAAGGGUGGAUGAAAUGUUUCGGCUUGUUGAAAGUAAGGCGCAGAAAAUGGAGGAUAUUGGGGAAGAAGAACACGAACUAGAUCUUGAAGAGGAGUCAAUAAGACCUAGGAUUUUAGAUCUUAUAGAUCACAACCAUUAUUUUCGUGAGGGUGGUUUCGGUUUACCUGAGAGUGAAUGCUAUGCCCUUUACAUAGCUCUUAAUAUGCUUGGUAUAAAGGAACCUGUGGCUAACGUCCGAUUUUUUGGCAAGAUUUUUGGAACCAAGGCUAAUUACUAUGUAGCUGAGGCUGACCUUACUAUAGAAGAAUUGGAUAGAAGAAUAAGAGAGUUCGAAAUGAAAGAUAUGCCCGGUGAGGGCGAGGGCUUAGAUGAAGAUCGCGCUCAGGAAUUAGAAGAAAAUAAAGAAUUAAUGGGUGAAGGUGAAGCUAAAGAAGAGAAACCCAAGGAACCCGUUCCUCCAAAACUACCCCCUAUCCCAGAGUCCACGUGGCAGCCUCCUCCCGUCAUACCUGUCGAAAGACCUGGACAGGGUGUCAAUAAGAAGGUGUACUAUGUUUGCAAUCAAUUGGGGGAUCCCUGGAUUUGUCUGCCCGAUGUUACCCCGGACCAGAUAAGAGUAGCUCGUCUAUCAGUAAGGUGCAUGACGGGCGACUUAGAUGCUGAGGUAAUUACAUUUCCGCCAUUUAAUGGCACCGAGCGUAACUUUCUUCGUGCACAAAUAGCGAGAAUUCAAGCCUCUACAUCUAUUUCACCGCAAGGGUUUUACACUUUCGGCUCGGGUGAAGAAGAAGAGGAUAUUGACUUGGAAGAGGGAGCAGGAGACUUGGCUUUUAACCCAAAUCCGUUCUAUCAAGGCCACACAAUUAAAGAUUUACUUGACCCCAAUCUGACGUAUUGGGUGCAUCAUGGAAGACAUAUUCUGAAGCAGGGCAGGACGAUCUGGUGGAAUCCAAACGCUGACAUGGAUGAAGCAGUAGAAGAAGAAGAAGACGAAGGGGCACCACCAAUGGAACCGGAAUCAGGCCCUUCACUUUUCAGUCCCCUAUCAGAAGACAAUAGGCUCGAGGGUCAGAACGCGUGGACUGCUCGCAUCAGCUCGAUCCUCACCCAAGAUCGGGCUAUCGCAAUCCUAAGAAGUAAUAUAUGGCCAGGAGCUGUCGCCUAUUCUACGACUGGAAAAAAAUCAGAGUGCAUGUACGUUGGUUGGGGACUCAAGAACCAACCUCCGAACUUUACUCCGCUACAACUCGCAAAACCUCAGCAAGAAUAUGCUAUAGGUCCUGAGGUCAUGGAAAUGGCUGACCCUACUUUCGCUGAUGAAGAGGCCUAUCGCAUAGCCCACCUUCCCCCUCCACCCCCACCAGAACUGCCCGGAGAAGAGGAGGGUUUCCCAGAAGAAGAGGAAGAAGAAGAUGAA